UGAAGAACACAACAUCAAUUUCCAAUAGAACCCUUCUGGCUUCUGUCAAUUUUUAGAACCUGGACCACCAGGCGGCGCCGCAUCGCAGCGAACCCGAAUCGCAGGAAACUUCUCGAAUCUUCUCGAAGUUUCGCGAUCCUCCCCUCCCCUCCCCUCCCCUCUCUUCUGCUCUCCCCUAAACCCUAGAUCCCCGAGCCCAUCUAUCCGCCUUCUCAUGGACCACCACCCGUGGCGCUUCCCCGCCGCCGGCGACGACCUCUGCCCGGUCUGCGCCGCGCCCCACUUCCCCUUCUGCCCGCCUCCGCCUCCGCCCCUCCCGCCCCACCCCUUCCCCUACGAUCUCCACCCGCCUCCGCCCCCUCCCCCGCCGGAGUACCACGCCCCCUUCCACCCGCCGCCGCCGCCUCCCCCGCCGGAGUACCAUGCGCCCUUCCACCCUCCGCCGCCGCUUCCUCCUCUGCCGGAGUACCACGGCCCCUUCCACCCUCCGCCACCGCCGCCGAUGUGGGUCCCUCCGCAUCCCUACGAGCUCAUCGACAUGGAGGGCCCCCACAAGCGGAUGCGCGUGGCCGAGCCGCCCCCGUUCGAUGCGUACGGCGAUGGGAUCCCACCCCCGCUGCCGCCGCCGGGCGAUCGGCUGCUAGGCUUGAUCCGAGAUCACGGUCGCCCCCCGCUGCCGCCGCCAGAGCUGUUGCACGGCGAACCGUAUCCUCCGGAUCGAUUCGGCUAUGGAGGAGGUAGAGGCUAUCCUCCUUCAAAUUAUAACAAUCCCUAUAUGCAAGGAGGUAAUUUCCCCGAUUACGAGCACGGCGGAAUGUUGCCGCCUGAGCAUGAGAUGCAUGCUUUAGGUCCGGGUUUUGUGCCUGGAGGGCCUCAGGAGAGGUAUUUCAACCAUGACCACCAUUACCAUCGCUUCCAGCGUGAGGAAUCACCUGGCGCGCCGCCGCGCCCUCCACCGAUUCGAUAUGCUGAGACAAGAAGCCGUUAUGAUUCCCGCAGUUGGCAUCCUGAGGCAGAUGCUCCACCACCACCAACAGAGCCUCCUGUACCUUCUCCCCCAGAUUAUCAUGCCACACCACCUCCGCAGAGUGUUAAAUCAUCGUUGUUUCCAAUUCAUUCUGGUUCUCCAUCUGCAACUAUGCGUCCACCUAGUUCUCAGGCUUCGCACCAAGCUUGCCCGAUGCCUGCAAAUUGUUACAAUGGACCCAGCCACAAUGAGGUAUCGGGUUCGACAUAUCAACCACAUUUAGAGCAGCAGUUGGGAGAUGGAAGGCAAACCCACGCUCAUCGUUCCAUCAACAAUGCUAAAAUCAGUGUGAUUAAUGCCUCCAACUUGUUCAAGCAGCCACUUCAUGGGUCACGGCCUGAUCAUAUUGUUAUCAUCCUCCGUGGGCUGCCAGGUAGUGGAAAGAGCUAUCUUGCAAAGGCAUUGCGUGAUCUUGAAGUUGAGAAUGGUCGAAAUGCACCUAGAAUUCAUUCAAUGGAUGACUAUUUCAUGAUUGAGGUUGAGAAGAAAGUCGAAGACAACGAAGGGUCAAAAUCUUCUAAUACAUCUAAAGGAAGAAAGCAGCUGACCAAGAAAGUGAUCGAGUAUUGUUAUGAGCCUGAAAUGGAGGAGACAUACAGAUCGAGCAUGUUGAAUGCAUUUAAGAAGACCCUUGAUGAAGGGAGUUUUACAUUUGUGAUUGUGGAUGACCGCAAUCUGCGGGUAGCUGAUUUUGCUCAAUUUUGGGCAAGUGCGAAGAAAUCAGGCUAUGAAGUGUACUUGCUGGAGGCACCAUACAAGGAUCCAACAGGCUGUGCUGCUAGGAAUGUGCAUGGGUUUACAGUAGAUGAUGUGAAAAAAAUGGCAGCAGACUGGGAAGAGGCUCCACCACUAUAUCUUCGACUAGACAUCCAUUCAUUAUUCCAUGACGACAAUCUCCAAGAGCAUUCUAUUCAAGAGGUGGAUAUGGACACAGAAGAUGUUGAUGAUGUCAAUAACGCAGCAACUAGUACUGAAGCUGAAAACACACAGAAGUCUGAAUCACUAGAAAAUGGACAUGAUCAAGACAUCUCAGAAGCAGGACAAAAGUGGGACUCACCAGAAGACGAUGACCUGGAUGGCUACAAAGAGUUAGGACAGAGUAAAUGGUCCAAAGAUUUUGAUGAGGAUAUCGAGAAGUCUGAACAUGCAGAGGGAAGUACACGUGCUCUUUCUGGGUUGGCUAAAACCUACGGCACUCAUCGAAAAACAGUUAGCUGGGGAGACAGGCUCGAAAAGGGUGGUUUUUCUAUUGGUGCAGCUAAGAGAAGACUGACUUCUUCAUUAAUCAUAGGACCUGGAUCAGGAUACAAUUUGGUUUCCAACCCCUUAGCUGAAGGUAAUUCCAUGCAGACAAAGGGGGCAAUCAACAAUGAUACAAAAAAGCGAUUCAGCGAUCAACUCCGUGAUGAAGGUGAAUCCUUCAGGGCAGUUUUUGAUAAGCGAAGACAGCGCAUUGGAGUUUUUGGCAAUGGAGACGGCGAGUGACCCUGAUAAGAGGCCUCUGAUAGCUUCUCUUGAUUGUCAGCACACUCUAGUCAUGGCUUGGUCGACAAGCUCAGGCCGCUUAGAGUCUCAUCAAUUUUGCUCCGAUGCAAAUCUGCAGCUUGGAACGUACUGCGGCCUGACCCAUUCCCAUCUACACAGUUCAAGUGGGGAAUUUGUUUGGCAUCCCCUUGGUAAUUGACAGAAGGGUCUUGGGAACCUGUUCGGUUUUGUUGUAUCUGUAAGCUGCCGCCAAUACCAAAGGGCUGCUAGUUUAAAGGGGCGCCCUCGUAUAAUGUAUCAAGAGACACUGAAUGAUCCAUUAUUAUUCAAUACUCCCUCCAUGUCUAGAUUCGUAGCUCCAGACUUCUAGGAUAGAUCAAAUCUCAUCCUAUGUGGUCACAUUUUGGGGGCAGAUGAAGUAUAUAACAAUUUUUUAGCAGGGUGAUGUAUUGCUUCGGUUCUGUACAUUAGGGCGAGAAAUUUGCUUGCCAGAAUAGAAAGCAGCUUCAUACCAGAACUGUUUGAGCGUGUUCCUGCUCCUACCUCUGGUUACAUAACAAUUAUUGUUUUCAAUAAGAUGAUGUCUCCAAAAGGUAACUUUGACCGUAAUUUGUUCAAUUACAAUAUAUAUAUGGUA